AUGACCAGCACUGGACUGUUUGGUCGUGUCGGCGAGUUCAUCGCCGAGCGUGAAACGUUUAAUGCAUAUGUGGAAAGAAUGGAAAUGUUCUUCACGGCGAAUAAUAUUGUUGAGACAACAGGUGAGGGUAGCACUCAAGCAAAUCGAGUUGUAGCUGAGAGAAAACGACCUAUAUUUCUCACAGAAGUUGGAGCCGAGGUCUAUUCAACCCUCAGUAGGCAGGGCAGAAAAACCGCUGAUUGGUUGCCGUUUUCGCGGGAGUUUGUGCUCUCCGCUGACCAUCUUACAACGAAUCAAGUAGUCUACAAAAAAGAGCAAAGUUUGAAGCCAAAUACAUAGUUAACCAUGACUAGUUCGGUGAUUAUGAUCUGAUAUCCCCAAACUAGAACUCAUUGACAGGCGAUGUCAAGAGUUGUAGCGAAAUCAGAUUAGGAAUACACUUUAGGGUGCUUGCUGAAAAUACGCGGGACAGUGUGUAGUUCAUAGAGACAUCAUACGACCAAUAGCUCUUAAACAAUUUGCAAAAAUAAGAAACAGGUGGAGUAUUUAAGGUUCACAAUUCGACCAACCAAAAGGCCAAAAGCCAAGAAGCAAAAUAAGAAAUACGUAAAAAAAUCGAACAGUACGUUUUUCUGUGGCUUGCUGUUUUUUGUUUUUGCAUCCCCCUCGCGGUGACAACACUCGAACGUAAUCGCCGGUGAGAAGCUUCCACAAAUGUACAGCCAAUCUUACCUGUAAAAGGAUCGAUCCUCUUGCACUUAGAAGGUAGAUAGCAGCGCAAAAAUCUAUUUCCUUGGACAAGUAAAAAAAGGAAAAGAUUUGUAAACAUCAAACUCUUCGCCUACGGCUUGUGUCCACUUACUGACUGGUAGGCGCCAGCUUCCCGGCCUCAUGCUUUGCGCGCGAAAUUAUGAAUGAAACUGGAGACGCCGCUCGUUUUUUCCCGCUUCAAAAAGCUUCAAAAAUGUCCAAAAACAGUUACCGACCGCUUCACUGUCAAGUUCCGGUCUUUUUGCGUGCGUUUCCGGCGGAAAGAACGUCCAAAGUUGAUUAAAUAAUGGAAAAUGUUUGUGAACGUGGCUCCAGAUUAAGAAGCGUGUCAGAAAAGUGUUGGGGUGCCACUAAUUACUAUUCGGGAAAAGAGGCUGUUUCACGUGGCUACUCUAGGCCGGUUUGGCUAUGUUUUGGUCAUGCAAAAAAAUUGCAAGUGGAAAGUCAAAGGAGGUGCUGUUUUCCGAGUGAAAAUGCCUGCACGCAAAGGAACAAUUUACUGCCAUGUCCGCAGAGGAUUCUCACCGUGGCAACAAACCUUGAAAACUACCAAGGAGGCGCAUUUCUUUGCCCAGGCCACCUAAAUCUCGUGGACGAAGCUCCCAUAUUUACCAACCACGCUCUCUACAAACCCCCUACUACGAGAAAGGUAUGUGUCUUUUACACUCAAACAACAGUCAAAAUGUACAGAAACAGAUCACACAUUCUUAGUUUUGUUUUAGAAAAUAUUCAUAUUUUGCAUUAAAUUUUGCCCUAUACAUUUGUAGACAAAAUGUACUACUUCAGUCCUAUGUACUACCCCAGAAAAGAAAAUAACUUGGAGGGAUGGAACCUCUCAGACCGCCCCUUUGCAGAGUGUUAAUGAGCUAGCAGAGGCAAAACAAUUAAUCACCAAAUUACAGCGCGAAAAUGCAGCAUUAAAAGAAAGAUGCAACAAGCUAGAAGGUAUUGUAUUGACGUACUCUUAAUUUCCACACAUUCAAAACAAAGACGACUAGUUUCAACCUUUAAUAGAAAUAUUUUUUUAUUAAUUUUCAGAGCCAACUUUUGAUGAGCAGUUCAAAACGUUCCACAAGUGUCUCACUAAACAUUACAAGGAUGGAGGGCAGCGGCUAUACGACCCUGCAGACAUGGAAAAAUUUGCCAACAAGUGCACCCCUGGAUUGUUCAACCGUGCCUUGUGUCUAGUCAAGAAUGAUCAAAAACAACAGCUUUCUAAGAAAAGACAUGAAAUACUGAGACUGCGAGUUGUGGCACUGCUUCAUCAGCUGUCUUACUUUAGAAACCAAGUGUGUAUAAUAAUAAUAAAAAAUAAAAUAAAUAAUAACACUAAUAAUGAUAAUGGUAAUGAUAAUGAUAAUAAUAAUAAUAGUAAUAAUAAUAGUAAUAAUAAUAAUAAUAACAGGAACCAUACUUUAGAAAGACACUUAAAUUAAAUUAAACACCAUGGUGUGUAAUAGACACAAGUGUUGCUUGUUUGUUUUCAACAGAAAAACAAUCCCUUACAACAAGACUGUGGGUUGCACUUGUCCUUUCAUGGUGCCAGUGAUGAUGCUUUGACAGCUGGCUCACUUCUGGGGUUUAGCACUCACCCGAGAAGUGUGCUAAAACAUAAAAAAGGAUUGUCUGGAAAAAGCAUUCACAAGACACAAGCGAUCGUUGAGAGUGCCAUAAAGGUACAUGUAUUUACAUACUGAAACAAUUCAUUAUUAAACAUCUGCCACUGCACAACACCCUGGCCAAAACAAUAAAUUGACACAAGGUGAGGUGUAAAGAAGCAGGGGCUAAAUAGAAGGCACAAGGACCUUGUAACAAGGAGACAAAAACAACAAAAAUAGAGUGAUUUUAUUUGAACCGUGAAACAGAUAUUAACAAAGAGUGCAAAAUAGCAAGAGGUAAACAAAAGAAGACAAUGGAAUUAAUACAUAAUGGUGCGUAGUAUUCUUCUACCUGUUUCACAGUUUAAGUAAAAUGACUCUAAUUUAUCAGUCCAUAGAUGUACACUGAUCCAGUUAAAAAUUUCCUCCCCAACAGGACAACAACUUCCUCCUGCUCAUUAUAGAUGAUUUUCAUUGUGUCCAGUCUAUAAAAGACCCCAAACAGAGCCAGCUGAGCAAGUGCCUUCACAUGUGUACUGGAGUAGUGGAUCACCAAGAAUCUAUAUCGGCAAUGCCAACAACAAGAAACGUCCACCGGGUUGUACCUGUCCGAAUUGCUGGGGGUGCAAUUGUUAACUGCCGGGGAGGAAUUGAUGCCAACAAAGUGAACGAGUUGUUUCAAGAGCAUUUGUCAAAUUAUUUUACAUUCAGUUAUUUAGACUCUCUACCUGCUGAUUUCAGCCAGUUUGACCUGACAAAUGUAAACAAACGUUUAGUUGAAUUAAGGUAUGAUUUAUAACAAAUCAGAAACCUAAAAGUCAAGGUAGUGGUCUAAUAGUCAUUGGGUGCCACAAGCUUGUACAAAAAGAAUAAUAUAAUACUUUUAAGUAAUAGAUUUUAGUAAUGUAUUUCAUCCAAACUUUUCAUGCAAUUUAACACUUUGGCAUAAAUCAAUGCCACAUAAAUUUUAAAAUUAACUGGCACCAUAAAUAUCUUUAUUAUAAAUUCCCCCUCAAAAAUGAAAUUGGGAACUCCCAAUGUCAAUAACUAGUUUUACAUACAGCCCAUCAUAAAUUUUUUCCACAUACCACUUUGCAUUGUCUCACAAUGUAGGAAUUUGAAAUGGAAAAUUUAAUAUUGAAUGGAUAAUUGACUUUCAAAAAAUGUUGCUCAAGGGUGCCAAAAAAGAGCAUGUACAAUGUUUCAUGAUACAAACAAUAACAAAUACCUUGUAGAGUGUAUACAGAUGAGGCCAGACAUGACUUGGAUUUGCUGUCCAACACUUGGCUAGUUGACGAAUUUGAACAGUCCCUUAAGAGCAUGGCAAAUUAUAGACAAGCAAUGCAGCACCUCAAUGAAGUUUGCCCAUCACUAAGCGAAUACAUGGAAAAGAACCUACUGCUCUUAGCUGGUGAUUGGCCAACAUGGUACUACAACAAGAAGAUUAUAUGCCAGGUUUGGCUUAACAUUUUUAAAACACUUUUAGCAUAAGGAACAAUAAUGAGCAAGGGAUGGCACAAUGGUGAGAGCACUCGCCUCCCACCAAUGAUCAUGAUGACGACGACGAUGAUGAUGGAAGUGACAACUCAGAUGAUGAUGACAGUGAUGAUGAUGAUAGCAAACCUGAUACACUAGCAAAUAAGAUACUCAUUAAAGCAAAACAAUCCCUUUUGCAUCUUCCACAAAGUGCUUUAUUUAAGUACAGCAACAAAAAUUCCAAGAAUGUAAACUCCACCGACUCUACUGGAGAAGCAGUAAUUGUUAAUACUAGUAUGGUGUGUGUCACAUGUGGCAGGGUCUGUAAGAGCAAAGGGGGCUUGACUCAGCAUCAGAACACCCACAAAGGGGUAAAUAGUUAAGUGUUUCCCUGAAAUGAGAAUAACAAAACAAUAAUCAUUUCCUUUUUUAGAAGCAAAUCCAAACAAAUCAUACAAGCCCUUUGUUUCAUGUAAAAUACCUUGAAUAGGAAUAGGCAUGAUAACACAGGAGAGAAACCUUGAACAAUGCCUUUGUUGUUGCCUUUGUCUUGCUAUAGGUAUCUCAAAACAAUGCAAGUAGCUAGAUAACAAAUAAGUGAUCUUGUGCUUGCAUUUGGAAUUUGGUCCAUACAAUAUUAUAUGAGAUCUUUGCAUUAUAAAAGAUUAACUCAGCCCAACUACUAUGCCAGUGAGAAAAAUAUAGUGAUAGUCCUGUCGAGAAUACUAAUAAGGGACAAUGUGAUGUACAGGAGUAAGAUAGUGUCUUCAAAAUAUUCGAUGUUAUUUUGAACAUGUAAAUAUAAUAAGAUUUUCACUUCAAAAUACCACAUUGUAUAUGGGCAAGGAUUGUGUAUAACUCCGCUAAUUCUGGAUACAUGUAAGCUUAAAAAUUCAUCCUUAAAAUUUCACCUUUCUUAAAACAACCUAAUUUUGUACCGUAAAAUCAUUCCAAAUCUAUAUCAGUCCAAAAACAAAGUUAUUAACUGUAUAAAUCAGUUGGUAUAAAUUGAUGUAAAGAAAUUACAAAUUGGACAACGCGUACAAAAAAAUAAUUUCGCUUCUAGCGGAACAAUGUAAACAAUUCACACCAAGGAAUUCAUUGAACAGUGUGGAUAUAUAUAACCUAGAAUAAAAAGCCCAUUAAACUUGUAACUCAGGGUGCUAUGAAGUGCUAUUUUGUUUGAAAGUUUGGUUACUUUUAGCAAUGGCUUCGCCAACUGUUAGGUGCCGCAUUAUACGCCUGCACGCAGCGCACGCUGCACCGCCGCAAUCUCGUGGAGGAUAAAUAGCAUCCAAUGCAAAUUUCGGUUAACUCAUUAACUCUGAAAACGUUCACUAUGUCAAAGACGAAAAAUGUCUUACCUUUAAACUCAGUUGUGUAACUAUCGGAUCACCGAGACUUGUUGCAGGAAAACCAAACAAUCGCGUAGAGGAAAGUUGAUCGAAAAAAGCACAUGGUUUGCUUGGCACGACUCCGUCCGUUUAACGUAAUACAAUCACAAAGAUUACCUCCAAAGCGAAGCAAAACAAAAUGAUACCAUUAUAUACAAGACCUUUCAGUGAUGUAUUUCAACACAGUGCUCUUCAAAUUUCGGCCAAAUAGCUCACAUUCAUGAUCGCUCGAUUGUAGCUCCUUCGGAUCGCUCAUUCUUUUGAACCAACUGCAUCUGCAUAUGGUCAGCGGAAGGCGCACGCGCAUGCUCUCAGUGGAAUUUUUUUUUAACCAAUCAGCGGUUUUUCUGCCCUGCCCCCUCAGUAAUCUACUAGCGCCCACUAAGCCCAAAGAUACACCAUUUGUUGACACCGUACGUGUCCUGUAG